CCUUUCUAUGCAAAGUUAUAGAAUUUACAAGAAAAGCCCUAAAUUGUCCAUUGUCAGCUCAAAACUGCAGAAAUAAGAAAAAAAAUUAAUUUAGGGCUUUUCUUGUAAAUUCUAUAACUUUGCAUAGAAAGGUCAUGCAGAGCUGGGAGAUGUCUCAUUUUAAUCAUAAAUUUGCGCGCUACAAUCCUGCCUGAUUAAAAAAUAUUUUUGUUAUUCUUUGGAGUUUCUGAAAAACUGGUUUUCCAGAAGACAGGAUCUUCGAAGUGCUAAGGGCAACUCCCAUAUUCAUAUUCGGAAUCAGCAUGAUCGAUAGCCUAUAACCCACUAGAUUUCUAUUAAAAAGCGCUUGAUCACUUGGGCUUGAUCACUUGGAAACGCUCCCUCGUAAGAUCGAACUGUUAGAAAUUAAAUUUAUGACUUGAUUGAAAAGUAGAGAUUAAAAUAAGUAAAAUACCUCGCGUGGAUGUGUGUAUCUAGAGACGAGAGAUAUAGACAUAUUAUAUAGUGAUGAUUUUCUUUCUUUUCUUUUUGAUAGCGUUCGGCUGUAUGGUAGAGUCCUGCGGGAAUGACUUUUUCCCGUAUUGUCCCGUCCCGUUUCCCGCUGGAAUCGGCAACGGGAACAAUUGAAAAAAAAUGACGUUCCCAAAACUGUUCUAAUUCAUUUUUAUCUGUAUCAAAGUUUAUUUAUAUAACAGGUUUUCAUUUUCAAUAACUAUUUUGAUACAUAAUUAACACAAAAGACAAUAGAUAUCUAUCAACAAAAAGUUGCGUAAGGUAUGAUGUCGCCCAAAGCCGAUCACUAAUGAUGAUACUUUUCCCAUACACCGAAAGAACAAAAUUCGGAAACGGGAACACGGGAAUUUUCGGGAACGGGAACAAAAAUAUUUUUCCCGGGAACGGGAACAGAAAACUUUUUUACGGGAACGGGAAACGGGAAUGGAGAAAAUUUGUUCCCGCAGGUCUCUACUGUAUGGUUCAUCACCAUAUGUCUAUAUCUCUCUUCUCUAGAUACCCACAUACGUGUAAGAUAUUUUGCUUCUUUCUUUUUAAUAGUCUUAUCUGAUAAUAAGUAUUUCAAUCUCUACUUUUCGCUUAUAUAACAGCUUUAUAUGUUAGACAUAAAGUCAUAUGCUUAAUUUCUACUGUGUUUCCAUUCGGACUGUUAUUAUGCACUUAAAACAAGCUGCUGUAGUAGUUAAGAUUUAUCCGAGAGAGCAAUAUUUCUAAUCUAUUAUAAUCCAUAUCUCACACAUUGAUAUUGAAUGCAAAGGUGCAGAUCGUCCUUGAACUGUAUCGAACUCAGAACAAUAAAACUAAAGAAAAAAUUUAGUGUUCAUUUAUGUUAAAACUUGAAUCGAUCGGACUCGAAAUACAAAAACUCAAGUCCAAGUCCUCCAAAAAAUCUUCCAGUCCGGACUCGGACUCGCCCAAGCCUGACCUGUUUUAGAGUAGAUGAAGGAAUUCUAUUAAUGAAGUUUUGGGGUGACAAACUUUGUCGAAAACAGUUUCUGAGUACAAAAUGAAAUACUCUUUUUUUGGUUUUUUAACAUGCGUGUGGAGCGAGCUAAACAAUGAGCUCUUUUCUCAGCCUUAGUAACUUUGUUUUGGAUGAGAAGCGAAAAUAGGUAGUUGCUGUAAGAAAAAUCACAUUUGUGUAUGAUUUUUUCGAAAAAUGUUGGACUUUAACGUAGUUUUUCUCUGCAUCUUUUCGUUUAGAUGGUUUAGCAACAGCUUAUGGUAUCAAAGAUGAUGUUCUUCACGACUCCUAGCAAAUCCCGUCGUGAUUGUGAAACAUAAGCGAGGACUCCUGCAGCGACAGCGUGAUUUCUCACUUAGUGAGCAAGUUUCACGCCGCGACAUAGCGAUUGCAACAAACUCAAAUCUGAUGAUCGUGACUUCUUCGUGAUCGCGAAAAUCGCGAAUCAUUUCGCGAGAAUCUUAGUAAUCCUCUUACGUGUUCACGCCGUGACUUUUUAUCGGGAGUCCUGCCGUGAGUUCAUCGUGAGAGUUGACCUGGGAAAGAAGCAUCUGUAUAGACUUCCCAAAAUCGAUUUGAAUACUACUAUGGGUGUAAAAGUUGUUAAUAAUACUGUCAUCUUUAUCAAAUGCGAAAACUAGCAUUUAAUUGCUAAUUAUGAUAAACUAAAAUUCUAGGUAAUUUUGACCAUGUUCUAGUCGUAAUCUAAUCCAUAUUUUGAAUUAGCAGCAGGUAAAUUAAAUAAUUGAUCAUGCCUUAUUAUAUAAUACAUUCUUGGGAAUCGAACGGAAAAAGAAUGAAAUUUCUACCAUGAAAAAUACCCGAGAUAUUUAGAUGCACCUUUCUAUACAGCGUCGCAAAGCAGUAUGAAAAUAGAAAGUUCGACUAAUAGGACUGCUCCUAGAGGUCGUUCAUUGUCAUUUUCUGAUUUGUUAUGUUCGAUUACCUAUACUCCCUCAUUAUCAACCCUUAAAACCUUACACAGUUUAUAUUAGAGUUAUUGCAUUUUUGUGUUAUGCGGACGCUGACAUUUAUUUCAUAUGGACCUAGGCUUUCAGUCAAGAGAAAUAAAAUAAAUUUCAAGAAAUAUUGAGAUUGGAGCGCAACAAAAAUGCACAACUAGAUAAUCAACUGUGGCGCAUGCGAUGGGCGUAUGCACGACUCUCCAAAGGAUCUUCAGAGGACUUUCAGACAACUUUUUCAUAAAUAUUGGAAUAUGAAGCCGAAACAGAAGACUUUAAGCAGAAAUUGACGAUGGCGCAUCUAACAGACAUAUGCUCAAACUUUUUCGAGGAUUACAGAGAACUUUUAGAGAUUCUCCAGAAAACUUCUGCAUUAAUACUGAUGUUUAAAGCUGAAAAAAACUUUCAUAGGUAAUCGACUAUUGAAUAUUUCUUAACGAAUGAGCUGAACCAAUGAUAAAUUAUACAGAAAGCUUCUGUUUUCUAGUAUUAAUACUCAUAUUAAUAUUAUUUCCGAAAUUUUACUAAUAUAGGGACUGUUAAUAGUUUGUCACUAAAGUCUAGUGUUAAACCGUCAAAACGUAUUGUUAUGAUUAUAUCAUUCCCAUAAUUAUUUAAUUUUCUUGAUAAUAAUAAUACAAUCGUUGCCUUUGACGACGAAUGGCCUUUUAUUUUGAAAAUUAUUUAACCAUGUUUCAAAACUGAUCGCUCAUAUUCUCUCCCUAUGUUAUUGUCCUAGAAUAAAACAAUCUAAUUAUCUUUUAGAAUACAGUUUAGUACAGAAUGUGUUCUCUAUUUAUGAAUCAUAAAUGUUCUUUAUUAUUUCGGUAAAAAUUUUCUCAUUUUGUUCGAAUGUUUCGCAAUUUUUUAUUUCACUUUAAAAUUUUUCAAGAUGGAAUACAUGAAAAUAUUAAAUAUAUCUCUAAUUACGAAUAAAAUUAAGUUCAUUUUUCAAAAUUGUUUUUGAGUGUAUGGUGAAAUGAUUACAGAUGAUGUUUAUGUUGAUACUAUAUUAGAAAAAUUAUUGGAUGUACGAAAAUAUUCAAAACCGGCUGAUUUGAAUGAACAAGAAAUAAGAAUAAUAACAAUAAAGGCACGUGAAAUAUUUCUAUUACAGCCGGUACUUUUGGAACUAGAAGCACCGUUGAAAAUUGUUGGUGAUAUUCAUGGACAGUUUACCGAUAUAUUACGUCUUUUUGAUGCAAAUGGGUAUCCACCAGAUUCAAACUAUUUAUUUCUUGGCGAUUAUGUUGACCGCGGCAAGAUGUCAUUAGAAACAAUUUUGUUAUUGAUGUGUUACAAAAUAAAAUUUUCUGAGAAUUUUUUUUUACUACGUGGUAAUCAUGAAUGUGCAUCAAUCAAUCGAAUAUAUGGUUUUUACGACGAAGUGAAGAGAAGAUUUAAUCUGAAAUUGUGGAAAACAUUUACAGAUUGUUUCAAUUGUUUACCAAUAGCAGCAAUUAUCGAUGACAAAAUAUUCUGUUGUCACGGAGGUCUUUCACCGGAUUUACAAUCAUUUGAACAAAUUAGAAGAAUAGCACGACCAACAGACGUACCAGAUACAGGAUUAUUAUGCGAUCUUUUGUGGUCAGAUCCAGAUAAAGAUACAAAUGGGUGGGGAGAAAAUGAUCGUGGUGUUUCUUUUACAUUCGGUGCAGAUGUAGUCGCUAAAUUUUUAGCAAGACAUGAUCUCGAUCUUAUUUGUCGAGGACAUCAAGUUGUCGAAGAUGGAUAUGAAUUCUUUGCUAAACGACGAUUAGUUACCAUUUUUAGUGCCCCAAAUUAUUGCGGUGAGUUUGAUAAUGCUGGUGGUGUAAUGAGUGUCGAUGAAAAUUUAAUGUGCAGUUUUCAAAUACUUCGUCCGUUAAAUAAACAAGUACCACCACUAUCAUCGCAACAACAAGCUCCACCACCAAUUGUCAGUCAAGAUUUGAUAAAACGAAAUUCAGGCGGAUCACAGAGUACAACAACACAAUCAUUGAAAGAUCCAAAUAAAAUACAACAAUCACAUCAAAAUAAACCUAAAAAAUAG